AUGAGCGCAGAUAUUAGCGAGACAGGGGUUCCGCACAAUGAUUCGCGCAACUCGCCCUUAAACAAACCCUUGCUGCUGUCUGCCAUGGUGGCUGCUCUUUCGUCAAUCAACUACGGCUGGGUCAUUGGCAGCGUCAACAUUCCAUCACAGGUCAUUGAAAAAUGCUCUGGCGGCCCCGAGACAUGGAGCAACGGGUUCCCGAGCUGCAUACCCAUGAGCAGCACGCUCUGGGGUCUGGUUGUUGGUCUCACAGCGCUGGGCGCGUGGGCUGGCUCCAUGUUCUCUGGUCAGAUUGCUGACAGAUUUGGGCGCAAGCGCACACUGAUGUUCAAUAACGUGUUUUUUGUCGCCGGCGCACUGCUGACAUGCACGGCCACAUCUAUCGCCCAAUUGGCUAUCGGACGGUUUGUCUCUGGAAUUGGAUGCGGCGUGGCCGCAAACUUGGUCUCCACGUACAACAGCGAGGUCGCUACCACCAGGACGCGCGGUUUCCUCGGCGGCUUCCAGCAACUUAUGAUUCUCAUUGGCCUGUUCCUUUCCCAGAUCGUGUCCAUUGGCUUGUCGACAGCACCGCUAUGGCGCAUUCUGUUCUCGAUCAGCGCGGUGCUGGCCAUUGUGCAGACAGGCCUGUUAUUUUUCAUCCCAGAGUCGCCAAAGUUUCUCGCUAUCAAGGAUCGCACAGACGAGUCCCGGGCGGCACUCCAGAAGCUGCGCGCAAAUCUCGACAUUACGCUCGAGUUCAACGAGCUCACUGCCAUGCUUGAGUCUAGCAGGGAAAGCGCUGCUAUGCCAAAGCCCAGCGCGUGGCAGAUUCUCACGGGAAAGACAGAGAUUGACCUGCGCCAUCUUGUAUUUAGCGUCCUAUUCCUCAUGAUGUCGCAGCAGUGGAGCGGCGCCAAGGGAGUCAUGUUCUAUUCCACCGAGAUCCUCAGCACUACUUUCCAUCUGACAGAGGAGGAGAUAAAGAAAAUCCCGACCAUCGCACAACUGCUGACCCUGGGCAUCGGCGGCAUCGGCGCAGUGGCCGUCAUUAUCGGCAUGUUUAUACUGGACAAGAUCGGCAGACGCACCGUGCUAAUUUGCAGCUCGCUGGCAACCGCCAUUUGCUCUGUGUUUAUUGUUGUCGGCAGCAAGCUUGACAUUGGCCCGAUGGUGGCCACGUUCAUGUACUUUUUCAAUCUAGUGUUCCAGUGCGGCGCUGGUUUUAUUCCGUACCUAUCUGCGUCCGAGCUUCUCCCAUACAGCGUGUUGGGCAGCAUCAGCGGCCUGGCUACGUCCAUAAACAGUCUGACGCUAUUCAUUGUCAGCUUUAUCUUCCCCAUCCUCGACAAGGCACUUGGCCCGUAUCUGUUUUUGCCGUUUGCCGUGACAAACCUGAUAACGUUUUUGUUUGCCGUCUUCAUCAUGCCCGAGGCCAAGGGUAAACCGAUCUCCGAGGUCAUGAAGGAGUACCAGGGCCCUAUCCACAUUGCAAACAACCCAUUUGCAUCUAGAGCAUCCAAGCGUUCUGAAAACGCAGCCGAAACCACAUUUUAUCGACUGCUUGACCAUUUAUUUUCCAUAUUUACUAAUUACAUGUAA